AUGGCUGAUUCUGAUCCUGGAGAAAGAAACUAUGACAACAUGCUGAAAAUGCUGUCAGACCUGAAUAAAGACUUGGAAAAGCUACUAGAAGAGAUGGAGAAAAUCUCAGUGCAAGCCACAUGGAUGGCCUACGACAUGGUGGUGAUGCGCACCAACCCCACACUGGCGGAGUCCAUGCGCCGGCUGGAGGAUGCCUUCCUCAACUGCAAGGAGGAGAUGGAGAAGAACUGGCAAGGGCUGCUCACUGAGACCAAGCACAAACAGUAG